AUGAAGCCCUUUCCUACUUGCAUGAUAACCGACAGAUUCAUUCCUAAAAUUGCAGUAGCCGCCAAGAGAUUAGACAUCAGGAGAGUCAUCUUCGAUGGAAUGGGUUGUUUAUCUUUAAUAUUGAUUCAUCAAACUGAAGUUUCUGGAAUUCUUGAAAGCGAUGUGGAAUUAGAACAACCUUUUAUCGUGCCAGGUAUACCGGAUAGAAUUGAGAUAACAAAACAACAGUUACCUGUUUUUGUAUAUUCGAAUUCAACUGGAAUGAAGGAAUAUAAAGAGAGGUUAAAAGAAGCAAAUCGCGAUGCGUACGGGAUUAUAAUCAACAGUUUCGAUGAGUUAGAACUGGAUUACAUCCACGAAUUACGAAAAUUGCAUCACAACAGAGCAUGGUGCGUUGGACCAUUGUCCAUGUCAAAUAACAAGUCGGAGAUGGCGAGUAGAGGGGACAAAGCAUCAAUUGACAAGAACCAAUGUCUGAAAUGGCUCGAUGGUCAUGAAUCAGGGUCAGUAAUCUAUGUAUGUUUAGGGAGUCUGAGUAAAAUGACGCUAACUCAGAUGUUAGAACUUGGUCUGGCAUUGGAGGCAUCGAACCGUCCUUUCAUUUGGGUAAUUCGAGAAACAGAUGGGAAGGAGGAGAUUGAGAAAUGGUUGUCAGAUUAUGAGUACGAGGAAAGGAUAUGUGGUAGAGGAAUUCUAGUACGAGGAUGGGCUCCCCAGGUACUAAUUCUGUCUCAUGAAUCUAUUGGUGGAUUCUUGACGCAUUGCGGUUGGAAUUCGACUAUUGAAGGGAUAAGUUUUGGAGUUCCGAUGAUAACUUGGCCUCUUUUUAGUGAACAAUUUUUCAAUGAGAAGUUGGUCGUGCAGAUUUUAGGAAUUGGAGUUGGAGUUGGAGCUAAAAUGUCUAUUUUUGAAUUCGACGAGCAAAAAGAGACGCUAGAUUAUAUUUUGGUGAAAAGGGAGGCGAUAUUAGACGCUAUUGGGAAGGUGAUGGGCGGCGACGAUGACGGCGAGGAGAGGAGGAAACGAGCAAGGAAGUUGGGAGAGGCAGCGAAGAAAGCGACGGAAGAGGGUGGAUCAUCUUAUCAUAAUAUCAAUGAUUUUCUUCGAGAUAUAGUUAAGCCACAAUAA